UACCUCCUCUCAUACCGCCCUCCAUACCGGACUACACGCUGCAGCUCUUGUGUACAAGAUGUCAGAAGACCCUCAACAGAAGUACCCGGCGUACAAGCUCGGAGAGUAUACGGUGGUCGGCGAGAUAGCAGAGGGGACGUUUGGCAAGGUCAAAAUGGCCGUCCAUACAGUCACCGGCCAGAAGGUCGCCAUGAAGUUCAUAUCAAAACAAGCUAUUGCGAAGCAUAGGACGAAGACGCGAGUACAACGCGAGGUGGAAUACAUGCGCACGCUCAGACACCCACAUAUCAUCAAGCUAUAUGAAGUCAUCUCGACCCCCACAGACAUCAUUAUUGUACUCGAGUACGCAGGCGGCGAACUCUUCAACUAUAUCGUUGCGAACGGGCGCAUGUCCGAACCUCAAGCGCGUCGGUUCUUCCAACAACUCAUAUCCGGCAUUGAGUACAGCCACCAUCUCAAGAUAGUACAUAGAGAUCUGAAGCCCGAGAACGUCCUUCUCGACGACGACCUGAACGUCAAAAUAGCUGACUUCGGCCUGUCGAACGAAAUCAAGGACGGCGACUUCCUGAAGACGAGCUGCGGAAGCCCCAACUAUGCCGCCCCCGAGGUCAUCCGCGGCGGACUGUACACUGGCCCGGAAAUCGACGUAUGGAGUUGCGGCGUAAUCCUGUAUGUCAUGCUCUGCGGCCGUUUGCCGUUUGAGGACGACGACGUGCAAACGCUGUUCACGAAGAUCAGUCAGGGCGUGUACCACCUGCCAGGAUACCUCUCUACGGAUGCGAAGGGCCUUAUCAACGGCAUGCUUGCUGUGGACCCGGUGAAGCGCAUCACCGUCCCAGAGAUCAUGCAACACCCGUUCUUCACGAUCGACCUUCCGAAGUACCUCAGCCCGCUCCCUCAACAAGGGCCCGUCCUGGGCACCUUGUCAUCACUCGUCACCCCCCCAAAAGCUAUCGACUUUGAGAUCAUCGAGGGCCUUGGCCGUAUAGAAGACGACGUCGUCGAAGAGCUGGCAUCGCGCAUGGAUGGCGUCGACAAGGAAGACGUGUGGGAGUGCUUGAGGCGCGAUGACGGCCCUCAAGGCAACGCGGUGAAAGUUGCUUAUAUGCUUCUGCGGGAUAAGCGGCGUGCGGGGCGGAGCUUGGCAGAGUUCGAGGAGCAAGAACGGGACGCCAAACUGGCCGUAAUGGACCCUCGUCACCCACUGUCACCAAAUGCGGUUUCUCCAGGAGGCGGUACCGACCUCGAGGAGAACCCGUUCGACUCGGAGUUCAACGACUACGACGACGACGACGAAGACGACGAGCUCGACUUCUCUACACCACUCACUGAAGCUGAGAGCAACAACUUCGCUGUCCUGAACUCUUCCCUUCCUGAACAGCUUCCCGAACCGCACCACCUCCAGUCAUACGCGAACGCGAAGCGUGCGACACCGGUGAAGGAGAAGAAGCAGCAUCGGACGAAGUGGCAUUUCGGCAUCCGGAGUCGGUCGCCGCCGAUGGAAGUGAUGCUCGAAAUCUACCGCACGUUGAAGACGCUGGGCAUGGAGUGGAAGGAGAAGGAGAACCUCGGCGGUCUCGGCGCGAGCGCUCUCUUGCAAGACAAGCGCAAUGGCGACCGUGCGAAAAUCGAGCGCGCGAGAGAGUACGACGGCUACGUUGACCUCCGUGCCGCCUCCUCCAUCUACUUCAUCGAAACCCGCGCGAGAGUCCAAGACGUUGUGGUUCUCAUGAAUCUACAGCUGUACAUGGUUGAUCACAUCAACUACCUCGUCGACUUCCACCACAAGAAGACGUACAAGGCCUCCGUCGAGGAAGGCGCUGGCAAAUUCGACAUGGCUCAUCCUGAUUAUAACCUGUCGGAGACGGCGUCGGAAUCAAGCCGUUCGGUGAAGGACCUUAACAUGCGCGACGACGAGGUCGUUUCCCCAUACAUCUUCAUGGACGUCGCAUGUCGACUGAUCCUCGAGCUCGCCGGCGGAGGUGGAGAGUAGUCUGGACUCGACUGGUCGCAUCAUGGUCUGGAUCGUACGUGCUCGUGUGCUCUUCGCUGUUCGCUAUAUUAUGCCUGUACUGCUUAUUAUCAGACCAUCACUAGAUGUCGUGCGCGGAUGUAGCUCUUGGAAUAUCGGAUUGAUGUAUCAUUACCUUGCAUAGGAAACAAAGAACACAUUUGAC